AUGACAUGAAGUAAACGUUUAUGUCUCUGUGUCUGUACAGUGCCAGCUGCUUUGUACUAGUUCUUUGUCCUUAUUGCAUAAAAGGAACUAAUGUUGGACGCUUGGGAAGCAAAGGAAACCGCCACACUAUAGCAAAACCCACUAGACUAGAAGAGCAAUAGCAGAAAUCAAAACAGUGUGAGGAAGUUGGAGUGUCAAAUAAGAUAGAGUAAGAGUGUUGUUGAAGCUGUUUCCUUUUGGGGUUUUUGGUUGGAGAAGUGAGUGAGAAAGGUAGCAUCUUUCUGACUAUAUAUCAUGAAGAGUAGGAGAAAUGGGUCUGUGGAAACAGAAACAGAGUGUUGUGAUAUUGGGUUGGGUUUGAUGAUGGAAACCCAUCACCAAUCAUUUCCUUGUAAGAAGAUGAAUCAGAUGGUGAUGGUGAUGCCUCAUCAUGAGCCUCAAUUUUGCAGUGGUGGUUUUGAUGGAGAAACAGCUAGUAGUAAUAGUACACCUUUGUUUUAUAACACAAGCAACAACAGCAACCCAGGGAUUACUAAUAUAUACAAUGCUGCCUCCUCUGAUUUUGGUUCAGUUGUGGUGCCAAAGAAUCUGCAGCAGCCUUACUACUCUGAUAGUUUGUCUUUCAGUUCCUCAGUAGGUGGAAUGGUGAAUGUGAAUGUUAGAAUUCCUUUUACUCCAGCUCAGAGAGAAGAGCUUGAGACACAGACUGUGAUUUACAAGUAUAUCAUGGCAUGCCUCCCUGUCCCUCAACAGUUAAUUCUUUCCAUCACCAACAAUCUAUCACCAAAUGGAGCAAGAGACUCAUCAAAAACAAGAGGAGUGAGAGACAUGUUGGUGGGAUUUUCUAGGAGCUUGGAUCCAGAGCCAUGGAGGUGUAAGAGAACCGAUGGUAAGAAAUGGAGGUGCUCCAGAGACAUAGCUCCUGAUCAGAAAUAUUGUGAGAGACACUGCCACAAAAGACGUUCAAGAAAGCGUGUGGAAUCAAUCCCCAACUUACUCAACAACAAGAAUGCUAACAUGCUAAAUCCAAAGCCUUCAUCUUUCAAGAAUAACAAUCAAACUCCAUUUUCAAGUUCCAUGGUGACUCCUGCUGCUGCAUCACAUGGCCAACCCAGAGCAUUGGACUGGUUCGUGAAUGGAGAAAGCGCCUCUGUUGCUGUUUCUAACCAAGAAUGGGAGCAAUUGAUGCCAUUCAAGUUGGGUUUGAAAAGCCACACCAGCAAGCGUGACACAGAUGUGGAUUUUCCAAAGCAACAAAAUGAGAGCUCACUCAAUUUGUGUAGGGGUGGUAGCCAAGGUCUGCAGAGUCAGAGGUCACAUGACUAUUUGGGAGGAGCUUUAAAUUCAAACCAGGCGCAACAGACAAGGCAUUUCAUUGAUGCUUGGUCCACUGAGAGAGAUGGUAAUGGCAUUGAUGAGCUUGGCCAGAGGAAGAGGGGCUCUGUUGCAUUAAACCAGAAGCUGCCCCUUUCAUCCCUCACUCUAUCAAUGUCUGGUGAGAAUAGUGAAGCCAAUGAAGAAAAUGGAAAUAGGGAAAUGGGUGUUGGGGUUUUCGGUUCAGAGAGGCAGAAUGUAACAUGGAUGAGCCCACUUUCAUGGAUGAGCUCAACACCUGGCGGACCUUUGGCUGAAGCUUUGUGCCUUGGCAUUGCCAGUUCCACAAGAGCAACAACAACCUCUAAUGGCUGUAGAAGCUCAAACGCAGAUGUUAGACAAGAAUUUGAUUUGAUUAACUAAAGAUCAAGCAAAGGCGCUUUUACACCAAAAUGGUAGAGGUUUGAGUUUUGAGGAGAAGUCAGAAGAAAAGAAAAAUGAAACUGUUUUGAUUCAUUUUGUUGCCUGCAUCCAAUAGGAGGUUGCCAGUUGAUUACCUUUAGUGUCCUUUUCUGUAUUUUGUUUAGAGAAAGAUGAAAAGAAAGUGCACCUGACAUAUGACUUACGAGUUUUGACCAUAUUUGAAGUUUCACAAUAGGAUUUUUCAUUCUGAUGCCACUACCAGCUAGGGUGUUCUAUGACAUUGAAUUGCCAUAGCCAAAGUCAGUGAUGCUGAAAAUAAACAUCAAUAUAUAGGUUUUCGACUUUUGAUACACGUAUGAAACAUAACCAGAAUGAAACCCAGGAUGUAACAAUGAACAAUGAUUUUCCCCAACAUAACCACUGAACUCUGAAGAAGCAGGACACGUACAGAAAUGAAGCUCAUCUAUGCAAAUCGUUUGCCCACCCCAUCAUGGAUCUUCUGGGCCUCAAGCAAGGCCUGAUUGUAGAGGUCCUCUUAUAUUCUUCUGAACCUGAAGCAAGGCCUGAUUGUAGAGGU